UGGUAAAGUGGUUUGUGGUGUAUGAAAAGUUGUUCGACGCUUUGAGAAAGUUUUGGGAGACUGAAAACUUCGUCUGGACUUGACGAGAAGAAAUAAUGAUCCUCCGAAGAGACGAGCUUGAAUGAAAUAAUGGUUUCAUACAUUAGUGGUAGAUGGUGGAGAUGGAAGUUCCGCAGUUUUCUCCCAAUUGUCCUGCUUGUGAUGUGCAACGCAAAGACUUCAGUGCUGAGCUGCCAGGUUGAGUGUGAAGAGGUGCUCACAGCCUCUGAGGGGAUCUUUACAUCACCGUGCUACCCCAGUGACUACCCCCCUAGCAAGGUUUGCAAGUGGACGCUGCAGGCUCCGGCCGGCUUUGUCCUGCAGCUUACCUUCCUUGACUUUGAACUAGAGGAAGCUCACGGCUGCAUCUACGAUAGUGUCAGUGUCAACACCGGUGCAAGCAGUGUUAAGUUUUGUGGCCUGACGGCCAAUGGACUGACUCUCAACUCCAGCACCAAUGUCAUGGUGGUAUCCUUUAUUUCUGAUUUUAGUGUCCAGAAGAAAGGCUUCAGUAUCAGUUACAGGCGAGUUGCAGUGGCACUGAGAAACCAAAAGGUCACAUUGCCCCAGAACGCUCUGGAAGUGGUUCGAGUGUCCAGUUCUAAGUCUAUCCCACAGCUAAGUGAGUUCACAGCAUGCUUUGAGAUCUCUAGCACCUCUCAUACAGGCACGGGGACCAUCUUUUUCUACACAACCAAAAACUCCUCCUUGAGCUUUGGCCAUUCCGGAAACUCCAUAGUUCUGAACAUAAACAACAUCAAAUGUCCCAUUGAUGACCUGGUCAUGUUUACUGACUUCACUUCGGAAAUGCAGCCCUUCUGCCUUACUUGGUCCAACACAAAUGGCCAUGUGGCCGUGAACUUUAAAGGAAACUACAAAGAUAAAAUCUGUUCUGCCUCUAUUGGCUCAAGUGUGGAACCUGGAGGUUCCUUCGAGAUGGGUAGUGAAAAAGCAACUGGGAAAAACUUUGAGGGCAUCAUCUACAACUUCCGUUUGUGGAGUUCAGCCAUGACUUCCUCUGCGCUUUCUGCACUUACCUGUGAUGCUGUGGGAAACGUAGUGGACUGGGACAACAGCUUCUGGGAGAUCCCGGUUUCAUAUGCACAAACUGACUCCAGUCUCAGCUGCAUCUGUUACCCACAUUGCUUAAAUCUAACAACAACGAUUUCAUCUAGUGGUACAGUUCUGCCAGCCACUACUUCUCAAACCAUUUGUGCAUCCCAUGGAGUGAGUUGCCCAGCAUCUUUAAUUACUACUGCCUCAUCCCUUGUCACCACUAACACCAUUCCUACUAAUGUAGCAACCAACGGACCAACAGAUACAAAAACCCCUGUUGAGCAAGCCGAGGGCGACUGUGGCAAGGAAAAACUGCCUGAAAAUUCAUCAGAUAUGGUCAAUACUCCAUUUCCUGAACAUUGGAAAACAUCGUUCAUUUCCUUGAUGCUCACUCUGAUGUGGUCAGACAAAAGAGAUGAGUAUGAGGAUGCUGACAGGGCAGUGAAAGCAACAACUACUGCUCAUCCACCUUCUCGACCUCCAGAUGCUCCUGUUGGUCGGAGUUCCAAAACUUCUCUUGGCUUUAUCUCCACUCCUCUCAUUUGGCCUGUAAGAAAGAAACCAGAGACGAUAGUUACUCAGACCCCCAGCCACUCUGCUGUACAUUUGACUAAACCACCUUCCUUGCCUGAGAAAAGCAUGACAACUGCAUCCCCUAUGCCCAAACUUCUUGAAGAACUAUUUUAUGCAAAGACAACAAACUUGACAACAAGGAGGCCAGCUUAUUCCCAGGUGUUGUUAUCACAUAACCGAACAGAGGUGGCAUCACUUAGUAAUCGGAAGAAGAAGCCAUUGACUGCACAGUGGGGUCUCAGUGAAAGCAACAAGAGCAGAUCUGAGACACAUGAUUAUCCGUCUGAUUCUAGCUCAGAAGAAUUAUUUUAUGAUAUUGAUUUAGAUGAGGAUGAUUUCAGACUAUUUAACUUUGAUUCUACAUACUCAUCAGAUGAAGGCCUGGCAACUGAUAUCCCCCUGAACAUGUCCAUGCUAGAAAUAGACAGUGUGCAUACUAACAGCUCCAAUACAACACCCCCCAAUUAUAUGAGCAAACCUGUUACCAGGCAGGAUUAUUCGCACAAAUCAAAUUCUAGUUUGCCAUGGACAGAAGUGGUUCAUAUUGAGACGCAAAGGAGCAGCAUGCUUAUUUCAGAUCUAGACGUAAUAGAUGUGCAAGUGAAACGACCUGGACAAAGCACACUGGGUGAACAAACAACAUACAGUCCAUCCCCUUCAGUACCAUUGCCAUCCUCUACCUACAAAACGGUGACUUCUCAUCUACUAAAACCCACAGAGGUUACACAAGGACAGACUGUUACUUCGGCAGAAGCUUAUGGCAGAAAUGUGAUGUUACAAACCACUCAUGACUCCAGCAUCGCCGUCUCCGAUCAAUAUCUCUCUUAUCAAACAGCUUUAUUUACAAAAUGGCCUACAGUAGGUAGCUUUUUUUUGAUAACAGAAAAUCCUACCCCUGCUCUCCCUUACUUUUCAACCACUAAAUCAAGGCUGUUUGAUGAUUCACCUCGCAGUACCCCGACUGUUUUGGAGGAGCAUAGUUACUACACCAGCUUGAUGUCUGCUACAGAAGUGCAAAAAGGUUAUUUAAUGAAGAUCAUCAGGCCCACUCCAUUAUCCCACUCACUGGUUGCUGAUGUUUUCUUGACUUUUACCUCUAAAUCUGCUGAAAGUCUAUUUGCAUACAAUUCAAAAGACAACAGUGACCUGGCUUUACCUUUAACAAAGAAUCCAUUUAUCCCAAUUAAAGAUUUAACUAAUAACAACUUAAACUAUUUAAAUACUACAGGACUUGCUGCUUCAUAUUUGGACAAUGGAUGUACAUAUAUUGCAUCAUCUGUGGUCAGUCAGACUCAAUUAGAUUCACCUCAUGGAAUAGAGCCAUCAAUUGUAGACAGAAUGCUGGAGACUCUAUCCAUAGGCUUAAACAGACGAAAGGACAGCAGUCCUUCUGAGGCAGAUUACUGGGCCACAUCACAUAUAUUUGAUACUUCUAUUCAUUCAAGUUUUCAAAUGAGAACUGAGAGGUUACAUAAACUGACCAUGUUUAGUUCACCCUCUCACAACAUUUAUGACCCCAGUUUAUUGUUGUCUCAGGCAGCAUGGCAGGACAUCUCAACAGCCACACAUAGGAAAACAAACUCUGAGCAAGAGAGCUUUACAGAAGACAAGGAUACAUUUUCUUUUCCUAGUUCAUCAACUCAAUUUUUAAGCACAAUUCAAAAUGAAUCCAUAUUUGUCACCAAGUCUCAGGAUUUUAAUGGAUUCAUUACUCCUACAAGAACACACACUUUACAUAGCAAACCAACCAGCUUAUACAUUCAGGCAAAGGAUGAUGCCAGCAAUUACAUUAACAAUAUCACAGCACACAUUCAAGUUCAUAAUGUCCCAGACACACCCACCAGCAUAGGCACUAAUUACCACCCAAUUAAUCCAAAUAGUACAUACUUUCAUAAUAGAACGGAUGUCUCAAUAAAGUAUGGCAUGAUCAGCUUAUUCACAACCACUGUAGAACAUCCACUCACUAUAUUUCAGUCUAAGUUUCCAAGCAAAGAAAGCUCACCGAUCUCCAGCUCCAUUGCUCUGCUUUCACCAGUCCCAACUCUAGGUGAACAUGAGACUAUAGAUGAAGCAAUGUCAGUUCUCUCUAAACCAGCAGGUGGAUUCAAUUAUGACACCAUCUUUCCCAGCAAACAGUCAAGUCCUUUAGGGUUAGAAGCAAGUGCGCAUACCCCUAUUUUACCCAGUUACCCAGUGGAUACCAGCAUUUCAAGAAACCACAGUGAGCACCUUCAGGAUACUAAAUAUGCCCAGUUCUCAACAACAGAGCAGCCAUUUUUGGUCAAGAAUGAAUCAGCAAAGCCCCCAGGCAAUAUCAACAAUAUGCUUUUUGUCCGGCCUGCCGACAGUGACAGAGAAACGCAUCCAUCUCACCCGGCCACUGACGACCAGUCCUUUGUCCCAGUAAAUGGCACGCUUCCUCCAACAAUUCCUUCUAGGGAAGCCAUUGCAAACUUGCAGUCUUUGCCCACUGGCACCACCUAUGGGACUACUACAGACCCAGCUGAAUUUGCUUCAUGUCCAUGUAAAGCUCACUUUCAUAAUUCAUGUCUGUGUGGAUUUUCAGCCGGGAACAAGAAAGUAUUCUACAGGAUCUCUCUAACUGUAACAGAUGAUCAAGACAUUACAGAUGAAGCCAUGGCACGUUGGUUUAACCAAACAUUUCAGGACUGGAACUACACUGUUUACCUAUUAAAUGUCAGUGUUCAACCUAACACAGACUUAUCCAGUACCCCAAAUACAAGACACAGUUUUAAAGCCCUGCUAAUGUAUAAACACACUGGAGGGAAGUUUUUGACAGACACUGACAUUGAGAACUGGCUGAGGAGCAUUUCUGCAACUGGUCUGGUGCUAAACAAUGUUGCAGUAGAAGUCAUUGAAAACUGCCAGGCAGAGGAGAAUCCACUUCAUUAUAAAUGGCCUGAGAGCAGACCAUCAGUCAAUAAUUUACCAUCUUCAGUCAUCCUUCCCUGCUUCCCUUACAAAGAACAGAAUGCAUCCAGGACAUGCAUGAUCAGCACAGAAAAUUAUACUUCAUUUUGGGGACGACCAAACCUUGAAAACUGCACAGAUAUAGAAGACAUUGACAUUUCACAAGAAAAUGCUGCAGAGGUGGCCGUUCAGCUUGCAGACAUCACAAACAACGAGCUCUCCCAUGUUGAGAUAUCCAAGGUGGUUCAUAUGGUGCAGAAAUUGGUAAACGUGGUCCGGAUCAAUGCCACCUUGGCCUCUACUGUGGUAACAAUAAUCUCCAAUGUGAUGAUUAGCCCUGAUUCUGCUCAGCUGGCUGCCUCGGAAAGAACUCUGAAAACUGUGGAUGAACUGGUGCAGAAGAUUGAGUUUGAUGGCCCUUCUCUGGCCAUCACCUCUAAGCACUUGGCAGUGGGAAUUUCUGCCAUUAACAUUAGCAAUUUCAGCGGGGCCAAUUUCAGUGCUUUUACAGCUCUAAAUUCUUCUGACCCUCAGAUUGAUUUUGAAUCAGAUAUCCAGAAUCCCCUAGCUGUUAUUUCUCUGCCUGCCACGUUGCUUCAUAAUGUGAGCAGAGCUGAGAUUGAGACCAUUUCCAGAAUUCACUUCAUGUUCUUCAGCAAGACAGGACUUUUUCAGGAUGAGCCGAGCAACGGGCUGACCUUAAACAGUUAUGUGGUGGCCAGCAGUGUUGGCAACUUGACCAUUAGUAAUCUGAGAGACCCUGUCCAAAUAGAAAUUUCCCAUCUGCAGUACCAGAGGAAUUCAAAUCGACUAUGUGUGUUUUGGGAUUUUGGCCUGAAAAAUGGUAAUGGAGGAUGGAAUAGUGAGGGUUGUCGUCUCGGUCCAGAAUCAAGUGAAAACAGAACAGUGUGUCUGUGUAACCAUUUAACACACUUUGGUGUUCUGAUGGACAUAUCUGGGGCUGCAGCACAAAUUAAUGAAAGGAACACCAGGAUUCUCACCUUUAUCACGUACAUUGGAUGUGGCCUUUCAGCCAUCUUCUCAGCUGUGACAUUACUAACUUACAUUGCAUUUGAGAAACUGCGAAGAGAUUAUCCAUCAAAGAUCCUGAUGAAUCUGUGCACCUCGCUACUCUUCCUCAACAUGGUGUUUCUGCUGGAUGGCUGGUUGGCGUCCUAUGAAAUGCAGGGUUUGUGUAUAGCUGUGGCUGCAUUGCUGCACUUCUUCUUGCUCACCUCAUUCACUUGGAUGGGCCUUGAGUCUAUUCACAUGUAUAUUGCCUUAGUCAAGGUAUUCAACACCUACAUCCGAAGGUACAUCCUCAAGUUCUGCAUUGUUGGAUGGGGUCUUCCAGCUGUGAUCGUAGCCAUUGUGGUUGCAGUGGACAAAAAUUCUUAUGGCAAGGAGUAUUACGGGAGAGAAGAAAAUAGCCAUGGGUUAUCGGAAUUCUGCUGGAUACAAAAAAGGGUGGUCUUCUACGUGACAUGCGUGGCGUAUUUCUCCAUUGUCUUCCUUAUGAAUGUGGCAAUGUUCAUUGUCGUGAUGAUGCAGAUCUGUGGCAGAAAUGGCAAGCGCAGCAACCGCACUUUUCAGGAGGAGGUGCUACGUAACCUACGUAGUGUGAUCAGCCUCACCUUCCUACUUGGCAUGACCUGGGGCUUUGCUUUUUUCGCAUGGGGCCCUGUCAGCUUGGUGUUCAUGUACCUCUUCUCCAUUUUUAACUCCCUGCAAGGGCUAUUCAUAUUCAUAUUCCAUUGUGCUCUGAAAGAAAAUGUUCAGAAGCAGUGGAGAAGAUACUUGUGCUGUGGAAAGCUACGUUUGUCAGAUAAUUCAGACUGGAGCAAGACUCCUACAAACAACACCAAAAAGGUGAGCUCAGACAAUCUUGGAAAAUCACUGUCCUCAAGUUCCUUUGGCUCCACCACUGCCCACUGGACAUCCAAGGCAAAAGCCACAUUGAAUCCCUUUGCAAAGCAUCACAGAAGUUCAGGUAAAGGUUGCUCCAACCAAAGUGGCCAAAAGUGCAGCGCUUCUGAUGCCGACGCAUCCAACUCCUCCAUUUUACCUGUUCACCAGGUUCUGGACAAGGUGAAAGGCUACUGUUCUGUACGCUCAGAUAACUUCUACAAAAACAUCAUUUUGUCAGACAGCUUUGGUAACACCACCAAGUUUUAAAUAGAAAGUACACUGGGCAUCAACCUGUGAUGGACAGACAUUUUUUAUUAAGAUCAGCAAAUUCCUAGCCAUGUGUAUACUGUAUCAUAUUUAACUAAUCAAUCAGAGUGACAGAAAAAAAGUUUAACCCCAUGAGAAAUUUUUUUUAAAAAGUGGGUUUUGCAAACUGUGAUGUUAAGUUCUGGAAAUAUUCAUUGUAUAUUUUACUGUAUUGUCUUUUUUUGGGGAUGGGGGAGGGGGUGGUUGAUGCAAUGCCUUUGUUUUUGGAUUUAAAUCAGCUUUUUUGUAUAGACAUAGUCAUUGUACAUUUGUUUAUACUUUUCUCUUGUGUAUACUUUUGUUUUCUAAGUAACAAACAUGUGCAGGACCAUUGUUCCCAAGAAUUUAGAACAUUAGUUAAACAUAGAUAUAGAUUAGAAAAUCAACAUUACGCCAUUACAGUCCAUACUCUGUCAUUCUACUAUAUUUAUUGGUAACCUUUUUAUCCUUAAAUUAGACCAGGUAAGCAUUUCCACUGUAUAGUUGUUUUAUACUAUUUAUGACUGAAGCCCAUACCUGCUUUACUACUGAUAAACAAUAGAAGAGUUGUUUUAACUACAUGCACAUUGCUCAUUGCUCUACCAAAGAGCUGCUCUGUCUACAAACAGUUAGGUUUAACAUCAAGGUCUGUCAAAAUAAAAACUUAAAAAUUUA